UCCUGAAACUGCAAGAGGACGACAAGAGCGGCGUUCGUUCUCACUAGUAUGUCGAUUCCAUCGGGCUGCACAUCCACUCCUGAGCCCGAAUGUUUAUCUAGACUAACAAGUGGAAUAUUCUUCAGUUGAUUUACCCACGAAGUUCGGGAGGCGUUUUAUUUGGUGUCCUGGACGUUGACCAAUCAGACAGCUGCAUGUGGAAGGUCUCAGCCAAUGAUGGAGGCCUGGCCAGCAGCCUGGGUCCUACUUUUAACGCUAAUCGCUGAUUGGCUGGAAGCGGCUCAAUCGCGGGACUUCACUGUGAAGGACAUCAUCCUCCUCCAUCCAUCAACCACACCUCAUCCUGGAGGGUUCAAGUGCUUCACAUGUAAAGAUGCACCAGACAACUACGAAUGCAAUCGCUGGGCUCCGGACGUAUACUGCCCACGAGAGACCAGGUACUGCUACACCCUCCAUGUGUUGGACGUCCAGGGGAACACUGUGUCUGUGACCAAACGCUGCGUGGCCCUGGCCCACUGUCUGUCUACAGGCUGCACCCAGGACAACCAUGAAGGAUACAAGGUCUGCACUGCUUGCUGUGAAGGAAACAUCUGUAACAUGCAGUUGCCAAGAAACAAGACAGAUGCCAUCUUUUCCACCACCUCUCUCCUCCACAGCAGUAACGGUCUACUCACACACUACUGGCUGCUCACUGGCUGUCUGAGCUCUACCGUCAUCAGCGUCAUGCUAUCCAACAGUCUAUGACAUCUAACACUCCUACCGUCAUCAGCAUCAUGCUAUCCAACAGUCUAUGACAUCUAACACUCCUACAGUCAUCAGCAUCAUGCUAUCCAACAGUCUAUGACAUCUAACACUCCUACAGUCAUCAGCAUCAUGCUAUCCAACAGUCUAUGACAUCUAACACUCCUACCGUCAUCAGCGUCAUGCUAUCCAACAGUCUAUGACAUCUAACACUCCUACCGUCAUCAGCGUCAUGCUAUCCAACAGUCUAUGACAUCUAACACUCCUACAGUCAUCAGCAUCAUGCUAUCCAACAGUCUAUGACAUCUAACACUCCUACCGUCAUCAGCGUCAUGCUAUCCAACAGUCUAUGACAUCUAACACUCCUACCGUCAUCAGCGUCAUGCUAUCCAACAGUCUAUGACAUCUAACACUCCUACAGUCAUCAGCAUCAUGCUAUCCAACAGUCUAUGACAUCUAACACUUCUACCGUCAUCAGCGUCAUGCUAUCCAACAGUCUAUGACAUCUAACACUCCUACCGUCAUCAGCGUCAUGCUAUCCAACAGUCUAUGACAUCUAACACUCCUACAGUCAUCAGCAUCAUGCUAUCCAACAGUCUAUGACAUCUAACACUCCUACCGUCAUCAGCGUCAUGCUAUCCAACAGUCUGACAUCUAACACUCCUACCGUCAUCAGCGUCAUGCUAUCCAACAGUCUAUGACAUCUAACACUCCUACCGUCAUCAGCGUCAUGCUAUUCAACAGUCUAUGACAUCUAACACUCCUACCGUCAUCAGCGUCAUGCUAUCCAACAGUCUAUGACAUCUAACACUCCUACCGUCAUCAGCGUCAUGCUAUCCAACAGUCUAUGACAUCUAACACUCCUACCGUCAUCAGCGUCAUGCUAUCCAACAGUCUAUGACAUCUAACACUCCUACAGUCAUCAGCAUCAUGCUAUCCAACAGUCUAUGACAUCUAACACUUCUACCGUCAUCAGCGUCAUGCUAUCCAACAGUCUAUGACAUCUAACACUCCUACCGUCAUCAGCGUCAUGCUAUCCAACAGUCUAUGACAUCUAACACUCCUACAGUCAUCAGCAUCAUGCUAUCCAACAGUCUAUGACAUCUAACACUCCUACCGUCAUCAGCGUCAUGCUAUCCAACAGUCUGACAUCUAACACUCCUACCGUCAUCAGCGUCAUGCUAUCCAACAGUCUAUGACAUCUAACACUCCUACCGUCAUCAGCGUCAUGCUAUUCAACAGUCUAUGACAUCUAACACUCCUACCGUCAUCAGCGUCAUGCUAUCCAACAGUCUAUGACAUCUAACACUCCUACCGUCAUCAGCGUCAUGCUAUCCAACAGUCUAUGACAUCUAACACUCCUACAGUCAUCAGCAUCAUGCUAUCCAACAGUCUAUGACAUCUAACACUCCUACCGUCAUCAGCGUCAUGCUAUCCAACAGUCUGACAUCUAACACUCCUACCGUCAUCAGAGUCAUGCUAUCCAACAGUCUAUGACAUCUAACACUCCUACCGUCAUCAGCGUCAUGCUAUCCAACAGUCUGACAUCUAACACUCCUACCGUCAUCAGCGUCAUGCUAUCCAACAGUCUAUGACAUCUAACACUCCUACCGUCAUCAGCGUCAUGCUAUUCAACAGUCUAUGACAUCUAACACUCCUACCGUCAUCAGCGUCAUGCUAUCCAACAGUCUAUGACAUCUAACACUCCUACCGUCAUCAGAGUCAUGCUAUCCAACAGUCUAUGACAUCUAACACUCCUACCGUCAUCAGCAUCAUGCUAUCCAACAGUCUAUGACAUCUAACACUCCUACAGUCAUCAGCAUCAUGCUAUCCAACAGUCUGACAUCUAACACUCCUACCGUCAUCAGCGUCAUGCUAUCCAACAGUCUAUGACAUCUAACACUCCUACCGUCAUCAGAGUCAUGCUAUCCAACAGUCUAUGACAUCUAACACUCCUACCGUCAUCAGCGUCAUGCUAUCCAACAGUCUAUGACAUCUAACACUCCUACAGUCAUCAGCAUCAUGCUAUCCAACAGUCUAUGACAUCUAACACUCCUACAGUCAUCAGCAUCAUGCUAUCCAACAGUCUGACAUCUAACACUCCUACCGUCAUCAGCGUCAUGCUAUCCAACAGUCUAUGACAUCUAACACUCCUACCGUCAUCAGCGUCAUGCUAUCCAACAGUCUAUGACAUCUAACACUCCUACCGUCAUCAGCGUCAUGCUAUCCAACAGUCUGACAUCUAACACUCCUACCGUCAUCAGCGUCAUGCUAUCCAACAGUCUAUGACAUCUAACACUCCUACCGUCAUCAGCGUCAUGAUAUCUAAGUCUAUGACAUCUAACACUCCUUCUGCAUGGUAGAGCAAGUAGAUGUACAGUUUGAUCACCAGAUAUUUGGUGUUAUAAUUUUAUGAAGUUGCUUUUCUGUUGUUUAAUUUAUUUAAUUUUUCCUAUUUUUUAACCGAGACAGUAUUGAUGGAAUCUUCUAGAUUUUGGCUCAUCGUAAGAAGUUCUCCUGUUAUAUUUACUGGAUUCUAUGUGCAGUAUGUUAUAUAUGUACAUAGUAUUUAUUUUGUAUAAUACAUUUAACAAUUGUUAAAUACCUGUAGUUAACAUUGGAUUCAGGUAGAAUGAAAAGUGAACUAGGUUGCAGUGCGGUGUUUUUGUUCCUGGAGUCGUGUGAUUGGUUGGUUUAGGCUGUGUGCCCACCAUACCCAUGAGACUGAUGACUGAUCAUUUCCUCUCAACCCAUUGGCUAUCUGGCGCUGGAAGAUAUGACGUCAACCAUAACACUACAAUGUUAUAACAUGUUUCUGUAUUUCUUACAGUUCUGUCCAAUAGAAAGGUUGCCACUUAUUGAUUAGCAUGUCGUCUUGAGGAUGAUGGUCUAAACAUCCUGUACUGAUCCCAUAUACCAGGUUUGGUAUACAUUGUGUUCACCAUUAAAUAUAUUAUACCAGGUUUGGUAUACAUUGUGUUCACCAUUAAAUGUAUUAUACCAGGUUUGGUAUACAUUGUGUUCACCAUUAAAUGUAUUGUUUGCCUGAA